UGUUCCAAACCAGCGGCAUCCGGCACAGACACAUGAAGCUGCCCCCCGAGCACUGGAGUGAGGGGCUGCACAAGAGAGACAUGCAGCCCGAUGAGACCGCCGGAGAGACUGCUGCCAACACAUCCCCAGCACAGGAGUCACCAUCAGCUCAGGAGAUCCCAGGUCCAGAAAAUGCCAAUAAUGUCACACAGCCGCCGUCACAUGUCCAAUCUGUGGCCCCAACCCUGCUGUCUGAGCCCCCCCGGGAGACCUGGGGCGGAAAGUAUGAGUUCCUGCUCUCCUGCAUUGGCUACUGCGUGGGUCUGGGCAAUGUCUGGAGGUUUCCAUAUCUGUGUUACAGGAAUGGAGGAGGAGCCUUCCUCAUCCCGUACUCCAUCAUGCUCUUCUUUGCCGGCCUCCCCCUCUUCCUCAUGGAGCUGAGCUUGGGUCAGUACGGAGCGGCCGGACCCAUCACCGUGUGGAAGUGCUGCCCCAUCCUGAAGGGUAUCGGCAUCGGGAUGCUCCUGGUCUCCGCUCUGGUCUCCUUAUAUUAUAAUGUUAUAAUCGCCUGGACUUUCUUUUACCUGGGCAAUUCCUUCCAGAGCCCCCUGCCCUGGUCCUGCGAAGCCCCGGAGUAUGCGGCGCUGUGCCAGAACGUCUCCAGCAACGGCUCCAGAUUCAGCGCCAGCGAGGCCUUCUGGAAUGAGAAGGUGCUGGGUGUUGUGCACAGUUCAGGCCUCAGUGACCCGGGCCCCGUGCGCUGGCAGCUCGCCCUGUGCCUGCUCGCCGCCUGGAUCAUCAUCUUCCUCUGUAUGAUAAAGGGAAUCCGCAGCUCUGGAAAGAUUGUGUACUUCACGGCCACGUUCCCUUAUGUCGUCCUGAUUGUGCUCAUCAUCCGGGGAGCAACGCUGGAGGGGUCUAUAGACGGCGUCCGAUUCUACCUGUCAGCAGACUGGAAGAGACUGCAGAGCGCCCAGGUACCACCGCUACCCUAUAUACAACCACAGAGCGCCCAGGUGUGGAAUGACGCGGCGUCUCAGAUCUUCUACUCCCUGGGCAUCGGUUUCGGGGGGCUGCUCUCCAUGGCCUCCUACAACAAGUUUGAUAACAACGUGAUCCGGGACACUCUGGUCAUCGCCAUCGGUAACUGCAGCACCAGCUUUUUUGCUGGAUUCGCGAUAUUCUCGGUGCUGGGUCACAUGGCCUGGAAGAAGAAGGUUCCGGUGGGGGAAGUGGCAGAAUCGGGUCCAGGAUUGGCCUUUGUCGCCUACCCAGAGGCCCUGGCUCUGCUGCCCGGCUCCGUCUUCUGGUCCAUCCUGUUCUUCCUGAUGCUCUUUACUCUGGGAGUGGACACUCUGUUCGGGAACAUGGAGGGGAUCACCACCGCCGCUCUGGACGAGUUUCCGUCUCUGCGGCACUGGAAGCGUAAGGUGGUCUUCCUGGCCGGACUCUGCUUCUUCUUCUUCCUGAUGGGACUGCUGCUGGUUACUGAGGGCGGCAUUUACUGGUUCACCCUGAUAGACUCUUACAGCACCAGCUUCGGACUCAUCAUCAUCACCCUCUUCAUGUGUCUCGGGAUGGCCUUCUUCUACGGUGUUAACCAGUUCUGUCAGGACAUUAUAGACAUGAUCUGCAGAUGUCCCCCAUGGUGCACCAAGCUUCUUCUGUUCUUCAAGGCAUGCUGGGUCUUCUGCACCCCCGUCCUGCUGCUGUUUAUUCUGUUCUACAUCUUCAUGGAAAUGUACAACACCCCACUGCGCUACGGCCGCUAUGAGUACCCCCGCUGGGGCAAGGCACUGGGGGUCUGUAUGGGAACCUUGUGCUGCAUCCAGAUCCCCAUCUGGGCCGGAGUCGCAAUCUUCCAACAGUCCGGGACGCUGCUUGAUAGAUUUAAGAAUUCUCUCCGCCCGUUGAACUCUUGGCGCACGGCCAGCGAGCAGCGGGAUCCGUCCAGUGAAGUCAUCGAUGUUCCUUACACCGUGAACCUGACCACCCAAGACUUCAGUGACCUUGUCUGGCAGAAUGGGGGCAGCAGUGAGGUCUGA